UAUGUAUGUAUGUAUGUAUGUAUGUAUGUAUGUAUGUAUGUAUUGAAUAACUACUGGGAAGUUGAGGAAGUUGUGUUAGUAGGAUUUGGAGCUAGCCUUUAUAGAUUCCACUGCAUAUUUGAUUGGUUUGUAUUGCGAUGAUGAUGGCGGAUGAGAGCGCUAAGCGUUGGUAUCCUGAGAAGUUGCUGGAGCCCGACGGCGAAGAAGCUGAGGCCUCAGAAAUUCCGAGUGAGAGAGAUUUGGAUUUAGAGAUGGUUUGGAGCUUGCUUUCGGACAAUGAUUCUGAUCCAGCACAGGCUAAGAAGACAGGGGUGCUUGUGCCGUUGGAUGAGGUUAUCAUCCACACAAAGACAAAGAAGCACGACGGAAAGACUUUGGUGGAUCCAGGACAUGCUGAGCUAGAGGAAGAGAUAAGGAAGUUAUAUGGUGGUAACCUUCCUCUACGAGGCGAUGAUGAUGGAACGGGAGGGGCAGGGCAGCUCGGGAUUUGUUGACACCUUUGACAUUUGACACUAACACUUUACUAUUUAGUGUUUUUACAAUAUUAUGAAUUAUGUUACACUUGUACGUGAAUUUUAAUUUGUAUUAAUCUAGUUUUGAAUUAUCUAUUUCGUAUUGAAAUCUUAUUUAGAAUUAUGUGUGUGAAAAAUUGAAUGUGUUUUGCCCGCCAUUUUAAUAGCUACGGCCUAAAAACAAUAAAAAUCUGUGUGUGUG